AUGGAACUUUUGGACAUGUUAGAAUCAAAAGAUGAGGAAAUACCUAAUGCUGGUAUGUGUAGUAAGGAUUAUGAAACAAAAGGUAUGGGGUACGGUGUGAUAAUGACUUAUGUUGACCAGUUACUUCCACAUGUUCCAUAUCGAAUAUACUUUGAUAACCUCUUUACCAGCGUUGAACUACUACAUGACCAAAAAGUGAGGGGCGUGGAAGCAACGGGAACAAUAAGUGGAAACAGAGGUAAGAAUUUUACACUAUCAUCUGUAGAUAAAAUGAUAAAAGAAAAUAGAGGAUCAUAUGAAGUUUGUUCUGACUCAGCAUACAGCAUUUCCAUUGUACGUUGGAAUGACAACAGUGUUGUUACUGUAGCCACCAACUUUGACAGAGUGCAACCACUACGCUCUGUAGCAAGACUUUCCAGGGAACCAAAGAAAAGGAUUAGCGUGCCUCAACCUAACUUAUUACAGUCCUACAAUACUCAUAUGGCAGGCAUAGAUCAAGCUGACCAAAAUGUAUGCCUAUAUAGAUGCUCUGUAAGAGGGAAAAACUUGUAUAUCCUGAUCAUCGCACAUUUUAUAGACAUUUCUGAGCAAAAUACCUGGGAUCUUUGCACGCACAACGAAGAACCCAUAGAUCAUCUGACAUUUCGUCGUCGAAUUGUCACUGCAAUUCUUGAAAGUAACGAAAGGGUCACUACCAGCAGAGGGUGUCCUAGUAAGAGGGCAAAACUAGGUUCUAGAUUUGAUGGAAGAAAACAUUAG